AUUGGAACACCUUGCUGGCCCCUCGGCGAUGACAUCCUCCCCGUCUUCCACUUUGUAUUUUCAAAAGAAAGCUAUCCGCACGCUGUUGCUCAGACUCUCACAUACUGGUAUUUAUCUUUCGUGUCAAGUACUUACAUAGCUGGAGUUUAAUCGGACCUCAAUUGCUGUCGCGGCCAAGACGACAACGGCGGCGACUACAUAUCACCACUUUUCACAGACCAACACAUCCAAUAUCUCCCGGCCCUGACGCAUACGAACCAACACGAACACCAACACCCCGAGUAGACUCCCAGCGAUUCGCCGAAAUACAGCCAGACGACAUGUCGUCGCCAUACGAAAUGCCGCCCCAGCGCGACUCCUGGUUCGCGCCCCUUUCCAUCGACCUCCUCGUCAAGGUCCUGAAGACGAGCUUCUUCCACCCCUUUGUAGCCUGGAUUAUCCCGCUCUGCUUCCGGGCUCAGAAUAUGUUCUGGGAUGCGCCACCAAUGCUGGUCUCCAUCGCAUGGGCUUCCAUGAUCACGCUGAGCUGGAUCUUCAUAACCAUCAAUAACCGGAUCGCCUACGGUUUGCCACGUGAAGUAGACCUUAGCGAUGAGGUUAUUGUCAUUACGGGCGGUGCCAGCGGGCUGGGUCUGCUUAUUGCUGAGGUCUAUGGUAUGCGCGGUGCUACUGUGGCCGUGCUCGAUGUCAAGGAGAUGGAUAAUGGAGAGGCGAGGGGCGUGACGUACUACAAGUGCGAUGUGUCGGACAAGGCGCAGGUCGCAAAGGUUGCAAAGGAUAUCGAGAGAGAUCUCGGAACCCCCACAAUCCUCAUCAACAACGCCGCCAUUGUCCUUGGCAAGCGCUUCCUCGACCUCAGUCUCGACGAAAUCGACCGCUCCCUAACCACCAACCUGCUCUCCCAUUUCUACACCAUCAAGACCUUCCUGCCGCUCAUGGCCUCUUCUGAAACGGGUGGCACCAUCGUCACCAUCUCCUCCGUCAUCGGCACCGUCGCCGCCGCCCAGCUGUCCGACUACGCGGCCGCCAAGGCCGGCGUCUCGGCUCUGCACCGCUCACUGACGGCCGAGCUGGCCCAGACCCACCCCAACAUGCGCACCGUCCUAGUCACGCCCGGUCAGCUGAGCACGCCGCUGUUCUACGGGGUGCAGACUCCCAACAGCUUCUUUGCACCCGUGGUGGAGCCGGUGGACGUGGCCAAGGAGGUGAUUGCGGCCAUUGACGGCGGGCUGAGCACUCACAUCGGCAUGCCGCUGUAUGCGAGGUGGAUCGACUGGUAUAAUGUCUUGCCCGUUGGACUGCAGAAGAUUGCGAGGAGGCUGGCGCAGGUUGAUACGUCUUUGAAGACGUUUGUGGGGAGGAAUAUGGGCGCGACGGGUGUUGAUGAUAAGAAGGGACAGUGAACAUGCAAGGAGGGAAUGUAUGAAUAGCAUGAGUGGUAAACGCAUGUGUAAUCGCGCUGGUCGCUUGUAUAAUAAGACGGAGAGGUUCACAAAGGGUGGCAAGUUUCAAGGCGCAUAUAGAUGGCAUACUGGACAUAUGGAAAUUGUUAUGUUAUUGUGCAAAUUCACUGACGAGCUCUAUAACCCUCG